ACGGUCAAAUUCUUCAGGUGUAACAUCCUUGACGUGCCCAAAAGAUACGACACCGCUAUUAGAGCAGACGAUGUUCAGCUUGCCAAAGGUCUUGAUGGCUUGGUCGAAUAACCGUACAAUCUGGUCAACAUCUGAUACAUUUGCCUUGAUUGCCGCAGCGUCAGAGCCGUUCUUCUUGAUCUGUCGCACUACUUCUUCGGCCGAUUCCGAGCUGUUAGCGUAGUUCACGAUGACUUUAGCGCCGCGACGCCCGAGCUCAAGGGCCAUCUCGCGGCCAAUACCCCGACCUGCAUGCAUAAGUUAGUAAAGCGAAUCAUGUCUCAGCUAAUAUGGAAAUAAUCGCCAUUUCGAAGUGAGGGCGCCUGCAUGUCUCUCGAACUAUCGGACUCCGCUUGGGGGUGCCCGCCUAUCGCAUGUCCCAGACAUGGUCUCGGAAUGCAGGUAGCCGUCCACAACUUUUCGCUGCGCCGGAGGCUAGCUGAGGGUAGGGUUGCAAUUACGAAAACAGGAAGGAAAAUGGUAAAAUCCGAAUAUUUUCAGCUACAUACCAGCACCAGUAACGAGAGCUACCUUUCCCUCCAGCGAAGCAGAUGCCAAACCCAGAGGACCUGGGGUGGCAUCGUACUUGCUUGCUUGACCAUUAGUGCUAGGCAUCUUGAAUGCAGCGAUGAUCUUGUUGAGAUUUGGAAUUGGAGCCGAAAGACGAUAUAUAAGCGUUGGAGGGGAUGUAGAGAAAGUAUAAUAGAAUGGGACCUGGUGGGUGUAUGGGAAUGUGCACGAAGAGCAAGCAUGAUGGCUUUCAGGAGAAAUUCUUUGUUAUAUAAGUGUAUAUUCUGGGGGUAUCCUGCGCAUACGCAGAGCACUACCCGAAGGGUUGGUUACGGACCCCUUGUUGGAGAGAUACCGAAAGGUAUCGGACACUGUCCUACCAAAAAUGACAAUAUAUGGACGGCCAUUUCUAACUUCUCGCUAUUAUGUCGGCCUCCUUUGUCCGGGAGUCCGGCGCACAGUAGGGAAGUCGCGGAGGUGAGAGGAAAGACCUAUCCCAGCUUUAGGUAUUCAUUCCAUAUUCUCAAUUCAACAAUAUGCAAUGUAUAAAACCUCCCCAUUUUAUUUUGUGUAGGUACAGUAAAUGAAUAGAACAACUGACUAUAAUCAUAAUUUAAUACCGCACAAGUGCCAUAGAUAAACCGAAUACGGGAGACCGAUUUGGCGGGGUGGAUUAAUGGCAAACCCCCUUUUCUUAGUCAAAUCAAACAGUGUGUACUAGCAUUACAUAAUACCUGGAAUUAUAGGCGUUCCUACUACUACCCGGAAUCCUCUGCCGGAAAUCAAUCAUCCAUAUCAUAACAUACUGCGAUUAGGUACCUUACUUACC